AUGGCCAUGGAAACCGCAGGUGCUACAUCAUCAUCAGUUACACCACCAAAUAUUUAUGGUGGAUUAGAAGGACCUGAAUCAAUGUAUUUAAAAUUAAUAUCAUCGGAUGGACAUGAAUUUGUUGUACGACGUGAUUUUGCAAUAAGUGCAUCACCAACAAUUAAAAACAUGCUUAGUGGACCAGGACAAUAUUCUGAAUCCCAACCCAAUGAAAUUUAUCUGAAAGAUAUACCAUCUCACGUACUUAUCAAUGUUUGUCGUUAUUUUGCUUAUAAAGCAAAAUAUACAAAUUCAUCAAUUGAUAUUCCGGAAUUUCCGAUUGAUAUUCAAGUGGUACUCGAAUUACUUGUUGCAUCGGAUUUUCUUGAUUGUUGA